AUGUUGCUCCUCGACUACCAGAACGUCCUGAUCCAGGCGGUGCUCACCGAGCGUUUCGCUCCUGGAGCUUCCCCCGUCAACAUCGACCAGACUGUCUCCGACUUUGACGGCGUCGUCUUCCACAUCUCCACCCCCGAAUCCAAGACCAAGAUCCUCGUCUCCCUCCAAAUCCGAUGCUUCAAGGACCUUGUUCGCUACGGCGCUGAGCAGGUCCUCAACCGCGAAUAUGGCGACCUUGUUGUCCCUCCCGAAGCCGGCUAUGACUUCUCCAUCCAGGUCGACCUCGAGAACCUCCCCGCCGAACAGGAGGCUCGCGAUGCCCUCGUCAUGAAGAUUGCCCUGCUGAAGCGCAAUGCCAUGGCCGCACCCUUCGAGCAGGCCUACCAGGAACACUACGCCCUGAGGGAGGAAGCUUCCAAGUUUACAUCCGAGGAGGCGCCACAGGGUGUCCGGGAGGGUGGAGAGGUCAAGGCUAUUCACUACCGAGAAGAGGAGGCUAUCUACGUCAAGGCCAGCCACGACCGUGUGACCGUCAUAUUCAGCACCAUCUUUAGGGAAGAAACGGACAGAGUAUUCGGCAAGGUCUUUAUCCAGGAAUUCGUCGAUGCCCGGCGCAGAGCCAUCCAGAACGCUCCCCAGGUUCUGUUCCGUAACGAUCCUCCCCUCGAGCUCCAGAAUGUUCCCGGGGUCAAGAAUACCGGUACAGGCGAGAUUGGUUAUGUCACUUUUGUGUUGUUCCCUCGCCAUCUCACUCCCCAGCGGAUGCCCGAUGUUAUUUCCCACAUUCAGACCUUCCGUGACUACUUCCAUUAUCACAUCAAGGCCUCCAAGGCUUAUAUCCACUCGCGUAUGCGGAAACGCACCGCCGACUUCCUCCAGGUUCUCCGGAGAGCCAGGCCCGAUACCGAAGAAAAGGAGAAGAAGACAGCAAGUGGAAGGACGUUCAAGACUGGCGCUUAA